AACCGAGAAACAGAACCCCGAGUAACGAAGCAGCGAUGCUCAGUGAGGCCUUAUAUAUGGUCUUGAGGGAGUGGAGCCGGCACCUUCCGAUUGGGUAGCUAUGGUAGCCAAUCAGAAAAGGAAACCGCCAUCCCCUAAUUUGCAUGUGUCUUUCCAGUGAUGACGUCCAGCAGCGCUUGAUCCUAUCAGAAAGCAGACGCUCUUGAUCCUUCAUUUGAAUACAGGAUGUAUAAGUUGAGUUGGUACGCGCUUAGAAUUUUUUUGUUUGGAAAGAUCCGCUAUCAUGCCUGAUCCGUCCAAAUCAGCUCCCGCACCCAAGAAGGGUUCUAAGAAGGCUGUUACCAAGGCGCAGAAAAAAGAUGGCAAAAAGCGCAAGCGCAGCCGCAAGGAGAGUUAUUCUAUCUACGUGUACAAAGUGUUGAAGCAGGUGCAUCCGGACACCGGCAUCUCUUCCAAGGCUAUGGGCAUCAUGAACUCCUUCGUGAACGACAUCUUUGAGCGCAUCGCCAGCGAGGCUUCCCGGUUGGCGCACUACAACAAGCGCUCUACUAUCACGUCCCGGGAGGUGCAGACGGCUGUGCGCUUGCUAUUGCCUGGCAAUGAACAUUUCCGGAAUGGUGUUUGCAAGUCUGAAUUCAAUGGCUGUAUGUUUGACAACCGAAAGGAAAACGGAAGCGUGGCGGAACGCGGCGCCGUGUGCGCGGGAGCCAGUUGUAAUAAGCCGACCGCUGCUGCAGGCAGCUUUAGGGCGGGGGCAGGAAAGAAGGCAAUUUAAGAGAAAAAUAACCCUUUUCUCAACAAAUGUAGUUCUCUCCCACUUCAGCCAUAUUAUUUUCUGUGACGCAGUAGUGACGCAGAAUUUUCCCUUUUCUCUGAAUUCAUGGCAUUCAUUUAGAAAGUGUCUUAACUCAACGCCUUGGCAUGAAGGGUCUUCACUCAGAAGACGACAUCGCCUACCUUUUUUCUUGCUUUGAUUUUUCUCAUUUGUAAGAAGGGGAUUUCAAAUAAUCACUUCCCUGAGCCGUUUUGAGAAUUACAUGUAUUGAAAGGUCGUGUCAUCAUCUCAGGCUAGGAACAUUCAACUAAAGGCUAACAAUCGUGUUUUUGCAAAUCAUCUCCAAAGGAAGCGGGUUGCAUGCCUGGUCCGGCUAGACAGGUGGGGUUGGGGAGGAAAUGUCGCCACCACCACCUAGCGUCCUCAGCCACAGUGGCUGAAAGCCCACCGCCCCGCCUCCCCCCCCCCA